AUGUUUAAGAAUACAUUUCAGUCAGGGUUUCUCUCAAUCUUAUACAGCAUCGGGAGCAAGCCUUUGCAGAUUUGGGAUAAAAGUGUAAGGAACGGACACAUAAAGCGUAUAACUGAUCAAGAUAUUCAAAGCUCGGUGCUGGAAAUCAUGGGAACCAAUGUAAGCACAACUUAUAUAACGUGUCCGGCAGACCCAAACAGCACGUUAGGAAUUAAGCUGCCGUUUUUGGUUAUGAUCAUAAAGAAUUUGAAGAAAUAUUUCACGUUUGAGGUGCAGGUGCUGGAUGAUUGGUUUUUAUAAUAAAUUUAUUAUAAAAUUAAUAGCCUUUUUAUUAGUAAAUACCUAUAACUGGAUGAUAAAAAAUAUAAGGAGACGGUUUCGCGCUUCAAAUUACCAGAGCACGACAAGGGUAAAGCCUUUCAUAUGCACAAUGCCUAUGAGACUUGAUGAAGGUUGGAACCAAAUACAAUUUAACCUUUCUGACUUUACGAGAAGAGCAUAUGGGACGAAUUACAUUGAGACACUCAGGGUACAAAUACAUGCCAAUUGUAGGAUGAGAAGAAUCUAUUUCUCGGAUAGACUGUACUCAGAAGAAGAGCUACCACCUGAAUUCAAGCUAUUCUUGCCACUUCAAAAACAACAAUAG